AACAAGGUUGACAUAUAUAUUGGGUGACCGGAGUUACUUGAAUUUUCCUAAAACAACUAAAAAUGAGCUGCAUCUUUUGUAAAAUUAUUCGGGGAGAAAUCCCAUGUGUGAAGCUUGCAGAGACCGCAAAGUCUCUUUCUUUUCUUGAUAUUUCCCCUACUGCCAAAGGUCAUGCUCUUGUGAUUCCUAAAGAACACUCUGAGAAGUUAACAGGCUUGAGUGACGAAAGCUUGAUUGAUAUUCUUCCUCUGGCUAAGAAAGUAGCCAAGGCCAUUGGGGCUGAAAACUACAACUUUUUACAGAACAACGGCCGUAUUGCUCAUCAGUUUGUGAAUCACGUUCACUUUCACAUCAUUCCCAAACCCGAUGAGGAAUACGGUUUGGGUGUAGGCUGGCCCACUUAUGCUACUACCAAGGAAGAAUUGAUGGAUCUCGGUAACGAAAUUCGCUCCCGUUUGCAGUAACCUGUU